GGAACGGGAUACGCCAGUAGUUCCGCCCUGUCGCAGGAUGGCGGCGGGGAGCGGGCGGCGGCGCGGCGCGCUGCGGCUCCUGAUGCGGAUCGGGUCGGUGCUGCUCACGCGCUUCCCGUUCUGGCACUGCCUCAGCGGCCUCCUCCUCAACGCCGAGCGCGCCGAGGUCCGCCGGAAACCAGACAUCCCUGUCCCGUUUCUCUACUUUGACAUGGGUGCAGCAGUUUUGUGUGCCAGCUUUAUGUCCUUUGGUGUGAAACGCCGAUGGUUUGCUCUGGGGGCUGCUCUCCAGUUGGCUAUCAGCACCUACGCAGCAUAUGUUGGAGGGUAUGCGCAUUAUGGAGACUGGCUGAAGGUUAGAAUGUAUUCACGAACAAUAGCCAUAAUAGGUGGACUUCUGGUCUUGGCAAGUGGCGCUGGUGAGAUCUACCGCCAGAAACCACGGAACAGGUCAUUGCAGUCUACUGGGCAAGUUUUCAUUGGAAUCUACCUCAUUUGUGUGGCUUACUCCCUUCAGCACAGCAAAGAAGACCGCCUGGCCUAUCUUGGUGGUAUCCUGGGCGGGGAGAUCAUCUUACAGCUUCUCUUCGUUCUCUAUGGUGUCCUUGCGCUCUCCUUUCUGUCUGGUUAUUACAUCACCACAGCUGCUCAGAUCCUGUCGGUAAUUCUCCCUCUGAUCAUCCUCUUCAUUGAUGGCAAUCUGGGCUACUGGCACGAUUCUCGCAGAGUUGAAUUCUGGAAUCAAAUGAAGCUGAUUGGCCAGAACGUUGGGAUCUUUGGGGCCUCCAUAAUUUUGGCCACUGAUGGCUGAGAAUAAAUCCAUGAGACUUGAACUACGCCUGAUUUCAGGCCAGAGAGAGGAGAAGACUUCCAGAGAGGGGACUUGGAUUUUUUAAUUAAUUGCUUAUUUAUUUUUGUUUUUACUGCAUUGUUGAAACUCUUUGCUCCUUCCCACUGGCAGCUAAAUGAACUCAUGUUCUCUCUCUACAAUCCAGGGUCAUUUCUCUUCUAUUUUUUCAGCUUUAUUUUUAUCAAGGACAGUCCAGCAGCUGUCCUGUUUCUUGAGCAAUAGAAAGUGAAUGAUUAAGGGCCUUUAAUUACAUCAGUGAAAGUUCAGGGUUUUACUCUCCCUCUAAUAGAAUUGGUAUAGAUUUUUGUUUCCAGUUUUUCAGAAACUUAAAGAAAACUUGAACAAAGUUUCCACUCAGUGCGCUGCUGGGCCUGAACUCCAUUCCUGGGCUGAGUAGGCAGAGACAGAGAGAUUUUGACUCUUAUUUUACUUUGGAUUCAAGGGUAUCUACUAUGAUGGUGGUGGUUGUCACAGAAUGUGCAGUGUUUUUUAUCAAGUGGGGCCUGUGCCAUGGAUAAUUCUUAAGGAGGUUAACAUGAACUGUAAAUCUGUGUUUGCAUUGGCUGACUUCUUCUCUACCUGUGUGAAACUGUAUUAUACUCUUCCAGGCAUGCAUGAAAUCAGACAAUGGCCACUUGGGUAAAACAUUAUUUUAUUCAUAGUGAGUACAGGAGUGAAGAGACACCCAGUAUUUAUAUAUUUAGUGUAUCAGCUAGGAGCUAGGAGCACUCAUUGCUGAAACUGGAUGGUAAAAGUAAAGUCUAAUUUUGUGCUAAGUUCCUACAGGACAGGAAAUUUGGAGUUGGUUUCCAAGAAGCUGUAGGUGGAGGAAAAGAAGGUUGGAUAUAAUUUCUCUUGAUUUAGAUGUCUCAGAUUUUGAGGUGCUGGGCUAAUCAGGAACGGGCAAUAUUUGAAGUAGUAGAUGGUUGCGUUUCUGCCCCAUGACUUUUUAGCUAUAUGCCUCUCCUAGCACAGAAAAUGAUGGGGUGGAAAUUUGCAGCCUGUGGUUUGAUGCUUUUUUAAGGAAGAGAGAGGGAUUGGGAGGACCUUAACCCCUCUAUCCCCAUCCCCAAAUUGUGGAUAUCCACUUUUUAGAUUGAUUUUAGCCCAGUUUUUAAAUACUUGCUUUUGGAGGAAGAUUAAGAGUGGGGAAUGGAAGUGGAAGGAAAACCCCUCCUAUCCCCACUCUUUCAAACCUUUCCAAAGCUCACCAAAUGCCCCCAAAUCACCAUUUCUUGCACCAUUUUUGGAGAUUUUAAAUAUGGGAAUGGGAGGUGUCAGAAUUGGGAGUAUGUUAAAACCCUGAAGGAUGCCAGAACCCAGGCUGAAAUUGGCCCAUGAGAUAGCAAUAUGGAGCCAUUGUGGGAGAUGGGGCUUCAGGAUGCAGGUGGGAGUGAGAUGCCAGUGAAUCAGUCACUUCCACCAAUAGCAUAUGAAGGAGGUAGAACCUCAGAGCGCUGGCCCAGAUUUACUUCUGCGUCAGUAGUGAAGCUGGGGGCAGUGAGAUGAAAAAUGAGUAACAUUAGGUGGAAUCAAGGAGUUUGAGAAAACGUAACAUGGAUCAAACAAGAUUAUGUUAGAAUGCUUGAUACUGAGGAUUGGGGGAAUAAUAGAAGGGUUUCCUCAUACACUGAAACUCUUCAAAAUAUUUCUCUCUCUGGAGGGGGUUGCUGCCCAGCAAAUAUAACACAUGCUGAUUUUUUCCCUCCAUUGGUAGAUUACAAAUCCAUGUUCAUAAUAAUGUUUGUGCAGCUUUUCCUAUCUGUCUGAUAGCAUUCUUCAAGACAGAAUGCAUUCAGUCUGCUUCUUGCCAGAACACAUUUGUGACAAUAACCUUGUCUGAACUGUAAUCUCCACUUUGAAGAAUCCAGGGUAUAUCUUGAGAUGUAAGGGUGGAAUAUUUGCAUUCAGAGGCUCUCAAGGAAUUACAUGCUACUCAGGAAUCAUUCGUGUAAAAUCCAGCCCCAUAAUGGAUUUUUAUAUGUAUUUACUCCCAAAGGAGAGAUGCAGGAAUUUGGAAAAUGCUGCCAUUUUGGAAUCAUAGCCUAUUUCAGCUGUGUUAGCCAUACACUAUGCUGCCUUUUCUUCCUCAUUGGCAAGUAUUGUUGAUUUGCUGCGUCUUUCAGGGUUUCCCAAUCUGUAUUCUGCAUUUGGAGAUUUAACAGAGAAUAAACACACUUUUCCAUCA